GCUGAUGCUGCGCCCCUGCGUGAGUCUGUGUGAUGCUAUUUGGGAGAAAAACAGGGCCGUUGGAUUCACUCCCUCCCACGAUGGGUUUGCUUUUUCCCAGUUAUAAGAGACCCAGCAGACCCUCCACCCACUUGGCUUCUCUCUUCUUUUUUUUUCCUUCUUAAUUUCAUUCAUCGCUAAUAAUAAAGCAUUAAACAACGCUUUCGUUACUCUCUUCUUCAUCUAUAUCCCAGAGUUGAACGCCAUUCGCUUUCAUACAAACCGCAAUAAUGUCUUCUCCCCAGCCCCAGAUGGUCGCCCAGCAGAUGACUACCGAGGCCCCGGCACGAGUUAGCUCCGAGCAGCCGCGUCCCGUCCAGCCCAUGAGCAUGGACACCACUCCCAACAUGCGCGGUGGUGAGGGCGAGAAGGGUGCCAUCUGCUGCGGUAUCUGCGCCGGUCUCGCCUGCUUCGAGUGCUGCGAGUGCACUGAGGACUGCUGCGAAUGCUGCUGCUAAGCGCCCAUUCGAAAUCGAGAAACGCGAUUUGGUGGAGCGCAAAAGGGGGGAGAGGAGGGUUCAAAUGAAUGGUUAAUAAACUGAUGUGUGGGACAUGAGAAAGAACUCGGGAGCUGUUCCUUUCUGGCCGCGGCUCGGCGCCGUUUUGGUCCAUUUUUAAUGAUGUGAUAUCCCCCAAACUAUUCAGCCUGAGGGAGAAUAGAGCAAAUACCC